ACCGGGAUCAAAAUUGGUGGGAAAAGUCUCGCAGGGUUUAUCGAACGUGAUCCCGUCUCGUCGUUUCGUAUUCCUUCUGAGUGGCAAUGAUACGCAAAAAGGCGACGACUACUAUCGCUUUCAAGAAAGAGAAGCUGCAGCUUCGCUGCGAGUGGGACCAGUGCGACUAUUUGUGCGACGACAGCCCGCUGUUAUACCAGCACGUAAGGAAACACUUGAACGAUGACCUGACCUUUGUGGAAACAAACCAGUGUCCUUGGACAGAGUGCGCUGAAACGCUGAGUGGCACGUCCGAGCUACGCACUCAUGUGUUCUAUCAUGCUUUCCAUACCAAAAUCAAGUGCUUCGGGCAGAAUCUUUUGGACAGACAAGACGCGCCAACUGUGCGCUGCCUCAUGGAUAAGAGCUCUCGCAACAUGAUCCCAGACACACCCGACAAGUACCGGUGCCAGUGGACGGACUGCGACGAUUGCUUUGAAAACCCGGAAGCCUUCUACGCACACGUCGACUGUCACGCCGAGGAGGUGUGCGACGGGGCGCGACCUUCGAAAAAGGCGCCCUGCGGUUGGAGUUCCUGCGAUGCGACCUUCGCCACGGUGCACAAAUUGAAGGAGCACGUUCGCACGCACACGCAGGAGAAGAGGCUGGCGUGUCCAAACUGCGGCGGCGUGUUCUGGUCUCGCACCAAACUGCUGGACCACUUCGAGCGCCAGGACGAGCGCUCUGGCCACAAUUGCAUCUACUGCAGCCGCAGCUUCAGUUCGGAGCGCCUUCUGCGCGACCACAUGCGGCAUCACGUGAACCAGUACAAGUGCCCUCUCUGCGACAUGACCUGCCCGACGCCGUCGGCUGUCAAGAACCACAUGCAGUGGCGUCACACGUCGCUUCGCCCGUACGCCUGCGACCAGUGCGACUACGCGGCCAAGCAGCAGUGCGACCUGAGAAAACACAUACAAAUAAUGCAUUCCAACAAGAGCCUCGCGUGUCCUUACGCUGGUUGCGACUUUGUCGAGCGUAGCACCCACUUUCUGCGUAACCACGUGCGUGAUGAACACCUCAAGUGUCCCAAAGGCAUCUACAUGUGUCACAUCUGCCAGAAGCAGUACACCAAGGGAAACUCGCUGUCGCGCCAUCUGGUCUCUCAGCACCGCUUCAAGUGGCCAUCUGGUCACAUGCGCUUCAAUUAUUGCUGCAACAAGGACAACAUUUUCACGGUGCAGACUGUUCGUUAUGAGAGUCUCGACCUUGCUGAAGCCAGAACGGAGAUUCCAGGAGAAAUGAAUGCGGACACGACGAGCACUCUGUCGGAACCCCAAGUCCUUGCUGCUGCAGUGACGGCCGAAGUGUCGGAGCGGCCAGUGAAGUUGGUACAGAUUGUACAGACAAACGAAGAUGGCUCUACCGUCGUUCAGGUGGCGGAGGUGUUGGCUGAGCGGCCCUUUGAACUUGCUCAGGGCAUGCAAGCACACCAAAGUGAAUUCAGCGAGAAUGGUUCAAAUGGGUCAGAUGUGCCCAUGCAGUCAACUGCACUGUCAGUUGGUAGCGAGGAUUAGCAUUUUCAAGAGGUAUAUUCAACUUGGAAUGUUUAGACAUGUUUGAAAGUCACAAUUUGAUACUGUUACGCUUGUAGCUUUUUGCAUUAAUAGAGGCUCUUUGGGAACAAAGAUGGAGCCAAAAUGUAUGCUUGGCAGUGGUAGUAGAGGGGGUACUGGUCAGGUAGUUGGUUGUAAAUGAUCAUAAUGAUUCACAUAACACAAGUGCUUUCCGUAAAUAUUGCACUGCUGUUCUCAAGGUAGUAGAGGUUCUUCAACAAAAAAAUAUGGCAGGAAUUUAUAUGUUUGGCAGUAGUAGCAGCUUAACUAGUUUGGUGUUUAUAAAAUGGUUCUUAAAAUGGCUGCCCCAAGCCUUCCUGGUUACAUUUGAUCUCCCUGUUUCAAUCUUGGUUUUUCAAACAAUUGUGCAAUAUCUCAAUUGGCUAGUGCUGGUUUCCCUGUUCAGCAACCAAAUUCCCUGUUCGAAGCUGACAAAACUUAGGUGUACCUUGAGGAUAAUGCCCACUGGACAGUGUGGUCAUUAGGCAGAUCAAACUUAGUCCAGCUUUCAUGAUGGCACAUCUGGCAUCGGCACCUUUCCCAUUUUUCUAACAGGUGUGGAAGGACUUGUCGCCUAUGUGCGCAGAACUCGUAAGAGUGAGCUCAAUCAGUGAAGUAAAUCACCAUGUAAGGACUCUUAAGCCCUCUCAUUGUGCUGGUUGUUCAGCUUGAAAGAAACUGAAUCAAGUAGUGUGGAAAAGAACAUGCCGCUGUAGUGUUCUCAGGGCUUUGAAAAUUUGGGGGAGAGGGGGGGGGGGGCAGGUCUUCACUACACUGCAACCAUACUAAACACAAAUAUUGUAUGGGUCACUGCCAUGCGAAAGCCCCCCUCCAAUGAAAGCAGACUGUAAGUCCCACAUGUUCUAAAUAGAAUAAUAAAGGUAUUCUCUGAGCAACAUCAAAGUUUGUCAUCAUAAUCAAACCAGAAGUGACCUCAAAAGGCAGACCCACUUGGCACAUGUUUCUGGCAAAAAGCAUUAGCCUGGAGGCUGGCAGCUGAGAUAAAGCUGUUCUCUGCUGAUCAAGCUGGUCUUGAUAUUUCUAGCUGCCCACCCAAAGUGGCAAAUGCAAGCGGGUGGGAUGUCCUAAUCAGGGCGCAAUGCAUAUAUAUGACUUACAGCCAUAAAAAGACAGAAAUUUUGGAGACUCCUGCCUAUUUUUUAUGGCAUAUAUGUGCAGUAUGACAAAGGUACCUGGCCAAAAGUGUGCCAGUAAUGUUUGCUUCAUGUAGGUUGGCCCUAAGUGUCCUUGUACGGUAUCAAACACAUGUGAAUUUAAAUGAGAAAGUUAUUGACAGAUAAAUAAAGACAAAGUCAUCUACUAUUGUUCAAAGAAAUGUCUCUAAAGCUAAUGUUUAUUCUGGAAGACUUGGUCUUAUUCUGUCAAAGCAGUUGGCCUAAUGCAGGCAGUAAUGAAACUUGCGCGGUUAUUCGUUCUGGUGACAAGUCACUUUGUCAAAGGGGCUCAAAACACUGCUUGCUAGAGAGUUUUAUCUCCACCAAUCUGCAACUUCAUUUAUGUUCAUUUUCCCUUCACGACUGAUUCAAUAGACUACAACUUGUUUGUCUCACGCGUUAUAUGACCCACCUGGCUCACACUAAAUAUCCAGAUAAUUCUCCCAAGCAUUCUAUCUGUUCACUGUUGUGUCUAUACAUUUCCUGGUCUUCACUUGUGUGGUUGUGAGCUUCCUUUUAGUUGUCUUUUCUGGCACCUGGCUUUUUUAUCCCAUAAAUUACUAGUUGCUAAAGGCAGCAAUGAUGUGCUCUUUGGCAAGCAUAAACUAAUAAAAGAAUACUGGAAGUUGUCAA